AUGUAUCCUGAAGCACCAGCCAGUCUAUGCACGGCACCUACAUCACCACAGGGACACAGGAAUGACGACACAGAGGUGGCGUUCACGCAUGCAGAUAGAAUGAUUAUCAUUAUCCCAUGCAUAAUGCCGGACAUUGGGCUACUUGAUACGUGUAGAGUGGUGGUCGGCUGCAUUCAUUCCCCACUACCAGAUUACGGUAAACCAUAG